UUAUGUAUGUUACAUAGCGUUUCUGCUUUUCGGAAGACUUUACUUUACAGUGAAUGUUGUUUUAUAAAAGCAGUAUUUUUGCAAUAUGCCAGUGCCAGAUAAGUAUCAUAUUUUCAGAAGAUGCAAAGUCUUGUCUUAGUGAAGUAACCGCUAAUUUGACUAGCUUACUAAUGUUAGUUAUUUGUGGCAGGCAAAUUAGCUGGUGACUUAAUAUGCAAAUACUAACGUUACAGAAAUUUGUAUCGAUGUGUAGCAAACUUCUGUGACAAAAGUACCCAAGUCAUUUGGCAAUUCAGUUUUUAUAAUUGUUGAACUGAAAUGUGAUUCCAGGAGAUCUAGCUAUCCUAAUCACAACAACUCGAGUUAGCUAGCUAAUGUAAUGCUAGCUAAAGACCUAGCUAAAUCAGUGCUUGAUGUCAGUCCUUCGUGGUCUGCUCGUGAAUCGGUGGCAUAAAGGAACAGUGACAUUUAGCAAAAAUGAGCGGUCAGAGGACUUUAUUUCAGACAUGGGGCGCUCCGGUUCCAAGUGCAACUGGGCAUUUAAAUGAUACCGGCAAGAAACCUGCUGGGAAGCGAAAACCAACUACGAAAACUGCUACAGGUAAAAGUAAGAAGAGGGCAAACGACAUACCCUUGCCGCCCCGGAAUUCACUUUGGGCAGGAUCUGGCCAUGGCACCUCGCCACACUGCGAGAUGGGAAGCGUAGACGCAGAUGAAGAUGAUGAUCUAAUGCUGGUAGCAGUUUAUGAAGCUGAAAAGUCUUUGCAGAACGUGUCCAGUACUACAGACGACAAUGCAAAUGCUAAACAAACAUUUUUAACGUGUCCGACAUCGACAACUUCGAGCAGCAGCACCUGCUCAAUAGAGCUACCUGGUUUUGACAGGUCAUCGGCAGAAGUAUGGAUUUACCCCACAAACUACCCUAUCAGAGACUACCAGCUGAAAAUAUCGGAAAAGGCACUGUUCCAGAACACCUUGGUGUGCUUGCCCACAGGACUUGGGAAGACCUUCAUUGCCUCUGUUGUAAUGUAUAAUUUCUACCGCUGGUACCCAGCUGGGAAAAUUGUGUUCAUGGCUCCGACAAAACCACUGGUGGCACAACAGAUAGAGGCAUGUUACAAGGUUAUGGGAAUCCCACAGGGACACAUGGCAGAGCUCACAGGCAGCAUCCAGGCGCAGGCCAGACGGGAGCUGUGGAAGUCGCGACGAGUGUUCUUCUUAACCCCGCAAGUGAUGGUGAACGACCUAUCUCGAGAGACAUGUCCCGCUUCACAGGUCAAAUGUGUUGUGAUCGACGAGGCCCACAAAGCCCUGGGGAACCAUGCCUAUUGCCAGGUGAUCCGGGAGCUGGGAAACAAGGCUCAACAGUUUCGCAUCCUUGCUCUAAGUGCCACUCCGGGAGGAGACGUAACGGCAGUGCAGAAUGUCAUCUCCAACCUCCUCAUCGCCCAUAUAGAGCUGCGCUCUGAGGAGAGCCCGGACAUCCAGGCCCACUCACACCAGCGUAGCUUGGAAAAGGUGGUCGUUCCUCUGGGGGACAUGCUCUCGGGCUACCAGGCCCGCUACCUACAGCUCUUGGAGAAGUUCACAGGCCGCUUGACCCUGAUGGGAGUUCUGUCUCAUCGGGAUCUGCGCAACCUCACCAAGUAUCAGCUCAUCCUGGCCCGGGACCAGUUCCGCAAGAACCCACCCCCUCGUGUCCUGGGAGCCCAGCAGGGGGUGCUGGAGGGGGACUUUGCCCUGUGCAUAAGCCUGUACCACGGAUACGAGCUCCUGCUUCAGAUGGGGCUACGCUCCCUCUUCCUCUUCGUGCAGGGCAUCAUGGACGGCACUAAAGAGAUGGCCCGGGCCCGGAACGAGCUGCAGCGUGCUGGGGACUUCAUGGACCUGUACAAGGAGAUGGAGGCCCUCUUUAUGAAGCCCAGUGCAGGGCCAGGGGAACCCUUCAUGUACAGCCACCCUAAGCUGCAGAAGCUGGAGGACGUGGUGGUGCAGCACUUCCAGAUGUGGGCCGAGAGCACAGGUCCAGGGGAGGGGUCCAGCUCCGAAGGCGGGGCCAAGAGCGCCAGUACUCGCGUGAUGAUCUUCUCCUCCUUCCGCGAGAGCGUACAGGAGAUUGCCGCCAUGUUGAACCGCCACCUCCCGCUGAUCCGUGUCAUGACCUUCAUGGGCCAAGCCUCGGCCGGGAAGGGAGUGCGUGGGUUCACCCAGAAAGAGCAGCUGGAGGUAGUGCGUCGUUUCCGGGAGGGAGGCUUCAACACGCUGGUGUCCACGUGUGUGGGCGAGGAGGGGCUGGACAUUGGCGACGUGGACCUCAUCGUGUGCUUCGACGCCCAGAAGAGCCCGAUCCGUCUGGUGCAGCGCAUGGGCCGGACCGGCCGGCACCGCCAGGGCCGCAUCGUGGUCAUCCUGGCCGAGGGCCGCGAGGAGAGGACCUACAACCAGAGCCAGAUGAACAAGCGGAGCGUGUACAAGUCCAUCAUGGGGAAGAAGCACAGCUUCCACAUGUUCCCCCACAGCCCCCGCAUGCUUCCCGAGGGCGUGAGCCCCACCCUGCACAAGAUGUUCAUCACCUGCGGGCAGUUUGAGCAUCGGGAGACAGGGCGGCGCUCUUCCAAGGGCCGUAGGUCCAUCGCUGAGGCUCAGGAGUCCUUCCUCACUAGGGGUCAUUGCGAAAACAUUCGUGAAGAUGGAUUCCUUACCCCCAAGGAAUUCUCCCUGUGGUCUUCCACCUUGCGGCUAGGGGCGGACGAGCCACAGCCAGUGCUGAGCCACUCCCACUUCCUGUCCUUUCCGAAUGAUGCUCUCCCUGAGGAGCAAGGGACUGAGGCCCAGUCUCGGGAGCUGUCCCUGUGGGAGUGGAGGUACUGGCAGAACCGGCCCUUCCCCACGCACAGGGUCAACCAUUCAGACCGCUGCCAGCACUUCAUCCACGUCAUGGAGCUCAUCGACAGCAUGAGGCAGGAGGAGGAGGGAAGCUGUGCUUAUGAGGCAGAGUUGAUGACCUUCCUCCGCAAAGAGGAUGUUGUUGGUCACAGAGGAGCCUUCCAGCCUCAUACGGACACCAAUUCAAAAGAGCACCGAGCCUCCCUUGCCGGCUGCAAGAGGAAGUCGUCCUCCAUCGAAGAUGUAGACAUGGACUUUAUUGUCUCAGGGGGGAAGGCCCCUAAAUUACAGACUCCAGUUGUGACCCCAGAGCUUCCAUGGACCUCAAUAAAGGAGAAAACUCCUUUAGAGAAGGACAGUGGAGGUUAUGAAGCUUUAAGUCAAACUCACCAAUCAGAUAAAAUGGUUCCAGAUAUAGACAUGGAAUCGGACGGUUGUAUUGUAAUCCCUGAUGGGAGUGAAGAGGAGGAGGUCAGGUCUUUGACUGAUCCUCAUUCUCCAGGCAGUCACAGCUCAGAAGAGCGAAGUUUUCUGGGCCCAUUCAGCUCUGAUGCAGGCUACAGCAGCCAACCAGAGGAGCCCUGCCCCGAACUUAGCAGCAUGUUUUAUUUACCCCAGUGGGAUGUCUGUCCCAAACUGCAGCAUCUCCCAGGGACCCAAGAGAAGGUGAGGGCCCUUCUUGCCGAUGUGAAGGACUUCCUGUCCAGGCCCCCACUUCCUAGCUCAGACCUGGACAGUUUGCCGGACCCCAAACCCGAGCUUAAGGAAGGGCAGGCCCCUCCUGAACCUGAAGAGUGGGGAGGUCUGUUUCAGGUGAAUUUCUGCCUGGAUGUAGAAGACGAAGAGAAAUUCGGUGAUAGUCUUUCUCCUGACCACGACUCAGAAAACCUCCCUCCGGACAUUCUUGCAAAAGAGAAGUCCAUGUCUGGUGAUGGUCCCACUGAGCCCUUGAGCAAUGGCCACAGCAGCCCUGGAUGGGAUGAAGUUUUUGAUGAUGUUAAAGAUGCGCAGGGGCUUCCAGGAGGGGCAUCCGCCUUUUCACCCAAGCAAUCGAUGGAGCUGCCUCCUUUUGUCAUUGAGGUCCCAGUCCCCUCUGUUCUAGCGGAUGAGAGCAUGGACCUGUUUGGAGAUGACGAUGACUUCCUCGGUGUCAGCAUGCCAGAGUCUCCUUGCGAUCAGGCACCGAGGCACACCCUUGAGGCACCUUCAGAGGAUGCGGAUAAUAGCAGACCUAAGAGAAAUGAGGAGGUUAGUCGCCUUUCUUCUGCUGGAGCAGGUCAAAAACCGAGGGAGGAUACUGAGGACUUUGACUGCUCCCAGGAGCUCUUUUCUGUCAAUUUUGACCUGGGCUACUCCCUUGAGGACUCUGACGAGGGGGAGGAGACUGGAACAGGGGCCAGAACAGAAGAGGUCUCCCACCACUCUGCGGCCCUGACCCAUAGCAGGACUAAAGGCCACAGUCUGGUCCCCCCGCGGGACAUUGUACCCUCACCUGCACAUUCUAGGGAUCAUCACCAGGGGUGUGUCUCCACCCCUCUAGCCGUUAACACAGGAAGAAGGAACUGUUCACCUCUGACCUCAAAGGUGGCGUCGAUGUCCCCCAUUGUCAGGCGAUUGCACGGUGCAUCCCACUUGCCCACAACAUCUGGUGGGGUCGCUUCUCGCUCUCCAUCAGGGGCCGCUGGUCAGCCGGGGCUGCCUGCCAGCAAACACUGCAGAGCCACAUCUGAGGGCCAGAGCCCAAGAGCUCAGGGAGGCCUGCUUUCCAGCAGGCGGUUAUUGUUGCAGAUGGGCAGUUCUUUCUGUGAAAAUGGGCCCGUGAACCCUCCUGCAGGGCUUGGCUGCAGUGACAGUGAGGAAGAGAUGGUGGUGCGAGGGAGAGGAAGACGAGGCAAGAGCAACCCUUUCGCAUCCCCAGCGACUAAGGCAUGGAGUGACGUGGACUCUCCUGUACCAGUGACUCGGAAGCGAAGAGCUGCGCUAAUCACAUCUGAGGAGAGUGGAAAUGAACAGUUGUCAGAUCAAGACUUCCAGGACACUUCCACACGGUUCUCCAAAGUGCCCCGCCCCCGUGAUCCCCCCGCCCCCCACGGAAGAGCGAAGAAGGCUGUGAGGAGAGGGGCACGGGAGUUUCUGGAUGAGGAGGCAGAGCUCUCUGAAGAAGGUGGGGCUGUCUCCUCGGAUGAAGAGGAGGAAGAGGGGCAAGACCACUCCUUGGCGGGCUUUGUGGUGGAUCACACCCAGCUGUCUCAAGGCUUGAACGAUUCUGAAAUGUAUGGAGUGUACCUGAAGUCAGUGAGAAGCCCUGCUUUCUCCAGCAAGUACAGAAUGGCCUACAGGCCCAGGCACAACAUAGACAUUUUCUCUCAGGUACCAGAACAGGACGAGUCGUAUGGAGAGGACAGCUUUGUGGUGCACGGCAGUGAGGUAGAGGAGCUGGAAAGCAGCGAAGAGGAAGGUCCUGAGGAGGAGGAGCUGAUCCUGGAGGAGUCCGUCCGGGAGGGGAGGAGGAUGUACCCCACCAGGCGCAGGGCCCAGCUCAGACGAGCCAGGGCCAGGGAGGGGCCCAGAGACCCCCUCCCCCAGCCCGCCGACAAGACCAAGCGCUCCCGGAUCAUCCGCCGGGAUGACUCCAGUGAGGAGGAGGAGGAGGAGGUUGCUAGGAAGAAGAUGGGGAAGGAUGAAGACCUUGUCAUCCCCUGUAGGCCAGCACAGACAUCCCCAUUCAGACCCCCCCAGGGCAUGCCACCCAGCAGGGUUGGGAAGGCUGCUUUUGGGCACAGGGUUGCAGAGGAGGUGUCCUUGAAGGACAGGUGCAGACAGAGGCUCAACCCUCAGGUCUCCGUGUCUGAAGCCCUGGACCAGCCGAUGCUGAUCCCCACACAGUCUCAGCCAACACGGCCACAGGUACACGGCACACCACGUGGAGUAGAGCCCUGCAACAGGACUAAGGUUCUUGAAGACUCAAAUAAAUUGGUACGAGAGCAGAAUGAGACGUACGAGGAAGACUGCUUUGUGCUGCAGGACAGCGAGGUGGAGGAGUCAGAAACCAAAGAGGAGCGGGGUGUGGGCAAAGCCAUGCUGGAGGAAUCCGUCAUCAUCCGGAGGAAACACAAACACCCCUGGAUCGUUCCUCUGGGAGACUCUAGCGAGGAGGAGCAGGAGGAGUUUGGGAGGAAGGAGAGAGGGAAAGCUGAAGACCUCAUCCUCCCCUCCAGGCCAGCGCAGAUGUCCCCAACCAGAUCCCCCCUGGGCGUGCCCCCCUCCAGCCUUGGGAAGGCCUCUUUGGGGCACAGGGGUGCAGAGGAGGUGUCCUUGAAGGACAGGUGCAGACAGAGGCUCAACCCUCAGGUCUCCGUGUCUGAAGCCCUGGACCAGCCGAUGCUGAUCCCCACACAGUCUCAGCCAACACGGCCACAGCCUGAUGGCAUCGCCCCCUUUCCAAAUCAGUGUGAGAGCCGGGUGGAGCCGUGCUUUGUGGAGGCUGUAUCCCCGGGCGAGCCCCGUCCACCGUGCGUGCUGGUGGAUAGCAGCCUCUCUGUGGCUGGGCCGGAGGUGGUGUCCUGCCUGCGGGCUCAGACGGGUGUGGCCGUACAGCUCUGCCCAAUGGGAGUCUGCCACUUCAUCGUCAGCAGCCGCAUGGCUGUGGAGAGGCAGACGCAGGCUGAGGGCCUGACCGACAGGAUGCGGGGCCUGCUGGGGCUCUUCGACAGGGUCUGCCUCAUUCUGGAGAAGCCACACACCCUAACAGGGUACGGGUCUCUGUUCUCGCUUAUCCGGGCCGGGGUGAGGCUCAUGUUCAGCGGAGGACCUGGUGAAACGGCCGCCCUCCUGGCCGAGCUCGCUCUAUCGGAGCAGAGGAAGGGCCAGGCCAUCGCUGUGCCCACGGAGGUCGGAGGUCAUCACUGGCAGGCCCUGGACUUCUACCUCACCCUGCCCGGCGUCAGCUACGUCACCGCCCUCAACAUGUGCCAUGGUUUCCGCUCAGUGGGCCACCUGGUCGGCAGUUCCAUAGAGGGCCUGAUGACUGGAGCCUGUGUGAGUCGUUCUCGGGCCGAGGAGAUCUACCACUUCCUCCAACACAUCUGCAAUACCAAUAUGCUGCCUGAGCCGGCUCCAUGACUGCUACCAGAGACUACCACUGACCUUUGACCCUCGACCCAUGACCUCUGCACCUUUUUUUUGGUUUUUACAGAAAAUGCUCUGCACUUUAAAAAUGACUGAACACCUCACCAAGUCAAUAUAUCGCCCUUGGCAAAGUGCAUACUUUAUUUUGCUGUUCAAAGCAAUGCCAAAUGCGAUGAGGUCAGAAAAGAAUCAUUGAUCUAAUUUAUGAAAGACACUUAUGUGAGCGUGCUUGUGAGAUAUAUAAUCUAAGGUAUUGUUUUAAACAAAGUUAUACUAAAUUAUGUAACACGUUUUUGUUUUUUGGUAAGGGGUGAAUAUUAGUAUUUUGUGUUAUGAACUAAAAACUUGAAUAAAAAGCACUUUAUUUUUUA